UCUUUUAUCCACUAGUUUGCCACUGCCUCUAGACUACUCUAGAGAUGUUGAUAUUUAUAGAGUCGAUAAACUACUCAAAUAGAAAUCUAGAUUAGAUUUAGAUGUUGAUUUAGUCUGAUAUCUAGAUCUCGCGUGAUAUGUCAAGACGUCUGAAAUUACUUAUCUAGCUAGACUGUCUUAGUGUCUAAGACUAUGUUGUAGCCUGUAGUAUCUAGAAGGUACUAAUUAAGUAAUGGCUAGUGAAAAAUUGAUGCCAGCUCCUCAUAUACUGAUUGGAUGCACAGGAAGUGUUGCAUCUAUAAAAAUCCCAAUGCUAAUUGAAUCUCUUCAGCAACUGAAUCCCAAGCCUGAAAUAAAAGUUGUUUCUACCCAACAUGCUUUGCACUUCUUUAGGAAAGAAGAACAGAAUGUUAUUAUAUAUACAGAUAGUGAUGAAUGGGAGACAUGGUCUAGUAUCCAAGAUCCUGUACUGCACAUAGAACUACGAAAAUGGGCAGAUGUAAUGAUCAUAGCACCAUUAGAUGCAAAUACUUUAGCAAAAAUUGCUAAUGGUCUCUGUGAUAAUCUUCUAACUUGUGUUGUCCGAGCAUGGGACUUCCAUAAGCCUCUCAUGUUUGCUCCUGCAAUGAACACUUGUAUGUAUGAGCAUCCCAUUACAGCUACACAAAUAGAUCUGCUGAAGAAACUUGGCUAUAAAGAAAUACCUUGCAUUAGUAAAAAGUUGGCUUGUGGUGAUACAGGUUUUGGGGCUAUGGCAGAAGUUCCUACACUGGUCUCAGCUGUGGAACAAAGUCUAUCUAGUUUCAAUAAAAAUGCGGGAAACACCAGCUUACCUAGCACAUCUCAGUCUUCUGGUUUAUAACUAGCUUAUUAACAUAGAAUAAUAGGAUGCAAUAAAUAUUUUUAGUGUUCAUACAA